AUGGCUCUGCCGAGGACUACUCAACAGCUCUGUCGCGUCAUUGCGCAACCAGCCAUAUCUACACGAUUCAUAUCCACCCGCGCAGCUCAACGAGAUGCGUGCGUGCUUUGCCAAUUUCGCAUCCAGCCCGCCCGCGCAACAACGUCCCCAGCGCACUCGCCUUUCGCAAAACCCUCGCCGGUAUUGACUCGUCGUUUCGCUUCCACCAAGUCCUCCGGUUCAACAGAGGACCGUGGUGAAGUCACCAUCACCAACGCACCAGAUAUCAGCCACUACUACUCCAUCUUCUCCAAAACCCUCCCCGCAGGCCCGCCGCCGUCAUCCCCCUUCGACAUCUCCCUCGGGGAUCUCCGCCGCGAGUUCCUUGAGCUGCAGGGCAGGCUUCACCCGGACAAGUACCCACCAGGAGCCGCAAAGCAGCAUGCCGAGGCUCUGUCAGCCCGGAUUAACGAGGCGCACCGUACCCUCGCGGAUCCGCUCCAGCGCGCUCAAUACCUUCUCCGAGAAUGGCACGGCAUUGAUGUGACCGCCGAGGAUGCGGCGACGAAGCAUGCGCUGGAUCCGGAGACUCUCAUGGAAGUGAUGGAGGUGCAGGAGACAAUCGAAGAAGUCGGUGCUGCUCCCGAAGCUGAAACAGAAAUCCACGCUUUGAAAAAAGAGAAUGACGCGCGAGUUGUGGCGUGUGUACAGGCCCUGGCGCAGGCGUUCGACCGGGGUGACAUCGAGGCUGCGCGCAAGGAGUGUAUCCGGCUACGCUUCUGGUAUAGUGUCGGAGAGGGAUUGAGAGAGUGGGAGCCCGGCAACACCGAGAUUCGACUGAUGCAUACCAGCUAA